GACCUUAAUCUGGCACUGCCCCUUAUACCAGUUGUGUUGUGAGCUGCUGUCACUGAUGUACUGUGGAAGAGAGCUAUGACUCUGGGAGCUGCAAUAACCGCCACCAGGUGGCGCCAGAGUCUAGUUCACGGCCAGAAGCUGAAAUACAUGCAGCCACUGAGGGAUCGCACCUAGGCCUGCUACCACUUCCAGAAACGGUGACCCUGACACUGCGAGCAAAGGUUAAAUGUAACAGAAAAUGGUACCUUUGCCGGGUGCAGAAUUGGUGCAUAGACCUUUACAGCUUUAUCGCUAUCUUCUUCGUUGUUGCAAGCAGCUUCCAAAUGAGAAUCUUCAACAGCAUUAUAAGCACGCAGUGCAACAGAGCUUUCGAGUUCACGCUGAUGAGGAUGAUCCAGAGAGGAUACAGCAGAUCAUUAGGAGGGCCAUAGAGGAUGCUGAUUGGGUGAUAAAUAAAUAUAAGAAGCAAAGCUGACAGUGAAGAGAAGCAGACGCACGCCUUCCUCCUAACAGUGACUGACUGACUUCAUGGCGAAGUUAGGAGACAGCCAAAGUCCAGAAGCAGAAUAUAUUUCUACUUUGCACUGUGUCUUCCAGGAGUUAUUUACUCAUGUUUAUACGUGUAUUUUAUUUUCCAUAAGAUUGCAUUGUUACAUAUGCAUGUAGUUUAUUGUGUGCAGUUAAUAUCAUUGCAUACUUCUGUUUGUAUGCUUCAUAGACAUGCGUUGUGAGCUGUCAUUCGGGAACCUUUUAGUGUAUCUGAAAAGUUAUGUUAUUCUUAGGAAAAUAUAUUCAAAAGGACAAGUUGACUUAUUGGCCGUAUAGAUUUAUACAUCAUGAUAUGGAAAUUAUCACAUGUAUUUAUUAAAGCCAUAAAACUA